UAUUGACUGUGAUAAUAUAAAUAAAAUAAGUAAUUUUGUAGAGAUCAACAUGUCAGUCUUUAUUUAAGAUAAUUAUUAUAAUUAUUAACAUAAAAAGGAUAUUAGUUGAAGGAUAUUUGUCAUCAAUCGAGGUGCCACGCAGAACAUUUCAAAUUACAAACAAACAUGACAAACUAUAUACAGGAAUAGAAAAUAAAGUUGUUAAAUUAUGUACAAUGAAUGUAUGUUGUGAUGUGAUCACAUGCUCCCUUCCAGAGAAUUGAAGAAAGCGCUGAAUUUCUCACGCACUCCAUAGGCAUCCUUGCUGCCUCUGUUCCCUCCCAUGUUCCUUAUAAUAGGCAACAUGUCUCCUGUAUGUUCUGCCUCAUCCUGCCAUCUCCGGUUUUGCGCUGGGUUGGUGAGAAAGUUGUGCAGGAUGCACGAAGCCAUAACGACAGUGUCCACAAAGUGUGGUGCCAUCUGCAGCCUCGAAAGCAGCACUCUCCAUCUCGCAGUGAGGAUGCCGAAGGCACACUCAACAACCAUUCUGGCUGAAGACAGUCGGUAAUUGAAAUUUUCUCGCCACCUUGGGAGACGAUGACCCGGGAAAGGCCUCAUGAGGUGAUGAUUGCAAAAGAAGGUGGAAGGUGCUGAGAGAUGCUUUUGUAAAACAUAAAAAACAAAAGCAUCCUCCCAGUGGCUCUGCAGGUGGGACAGUCAAGGAAUGGAAAUACGAGGUAGAAAUGUCAUUUCUACUGCCUCAUUUGAAUCCAAGAAGCUCAAGAUGUUCACUGGAUCCAAUACAACCACUGGAAGACACACAGGACCCCAUUGAUUUGAGCGCAAUAGAGGAGGAUGUGGAGCGCACUGCAACUCCAACAUCACAGAGGUGUAACACCCCAACCCCACCAUCUGGGCCAAUCACAUCAACACCCCACUCCCGAGCUAGUCCCACUCCAGCCCACCCCCGCAUUCAAGCUAUUCUGUCAGAGACUAGACAAAGCACUUCAGCUCAAACAAGACCUGCACGUGACAGGAGAAGACAAGUAGUAAGUGAAGCUGAGCAACAGCUACUGGACAUCAUCUCCAUUCCAACUUCAAAUGUCCCUACUGCGCAAGAGGAGAUGUACUAUUUUGCUUUGAGUUUGGUGCCUAGGCUAAAUAGGCUAUCACGUGAGGCACAGGCCCAGGCCCAAACUCACUUCUUGACAUACCUCACUGAACUGGAGGACAGACAGCUGGCACAGAUGAACACCCCAGGUCCUAUAAGAGGAAGCCACUCUUCCACCUCCACUGCAUUUCACCCUUACAGCCCCACAUUCCAAGCCCGGUCCCAAUAUCAUCCUGUUCCUCCCCAAGAUGACCCUCCCAGGACAUUUUCGGAGAAUCUGUCUGACCCUUUACCCCACAGCUACCACAAUUUUUAAAUAAUGGCAUUAAAUGUAAAUAGUUCAGUUUUGAAAAUUAACAUUAUGUGGAAUAAUGUAUCUGUUUUAGUGUAAAGAAUAGUGUUUUGUUAUUUAA